UGUUGAUAUCCCUUUAGACAAAGACCCAGACAGCCCUGGCCCAGGGGGCUGAGCUGCCCAAAGCCCCAGGGAUCACCUAGAGAUCUAGGCAGAGAAAGCAUUGUGCUGACGAGCUAGAGGCGGCCGCCUUAUAUAAAGGGUCGCCCUGGGCUGAGCUGGUACCAAAUGGAGACCCAGGCUGUCCAGAGGGAGCUCGAAACUGUACCAGCAGCUAGAAUGGCUCAGACAAACCCUCUGCCUGGGCCUCUAGGCCCAUGGAAGGUAACCAUCUAUGACCAGGAGAACUUCCAGGGCAAGAGGAUGGAGUUCACAGGCCCCUGCCCCAAUGUCUCUGAGUGCAGCUUUGACAACGUCAGAUCCCUGAAGGUGGAAUGUGGCGCAUGGAUUGGUUAUGAACACACAAGCUUCUGUGGGCAGCAGUUUGUCCUGGAAAGAGGAGAGUACCCACGUUGGGAGGCCUGGAGCGGGAGCAACGCCUACCACGUUGAGCGUCUCAUGUCUUUCCGCCCAAUCUGCUCUGCGAACCAUAAGGAAUCCAAGAUCGUGAUCUUUGAGAAGGAAAACUUUAUCGGCCGCCAGUGGGAGAUCUGUGACGACUACCCUUCCCUGCAGGCCAUGGGUUGGUGCAACAAUGAAGUUGGCUCCAUGAAGAUACAGUGUGGAGCGUGGGUCUGCUACCAAUAUCCUGGAUACCGUGGGUACCAGUACAUCUUGGAGUGUGAUCAUCAUGGAGGAGACUAUAAGCACUGGAGAGAAUGGGGUUCUCACGCCCAGACUUCCCAGAUUCAGUCCAUGCGCCGCAUCCAGCAGUAGAUUCCCUGAGACGAGGGAAGAAGUCAGCUAAAACCAUUCGAUGACUGGCUUUGAAAUGAAUGGGUUUCGCUGUACUGCUCAUAAGCCAUCACUUUUGAUUGUGAAC